AUGUGCCCUCCCACGGAAGGCUGCAUAGCUGCACAACGGGCGGCAGGGCAAGCGGCUCCGGAGAGGCCUUCCACGGAGAGGGCCGCCUCUGCUCCCGCUCGAAUGAGGCGGCGGGCGCCCGAGCUUUCUACAGGCAAAUAUCGGCUCUCCGCGAGCGCGGCAGCGCCACGGGUAUCACGUGUGUCUCGGGCUGCCCUUAUACUUGCAGCAGGGGUCGCUCUGUUGAUCGGCAUACGCCGGUUGCUAGUGUGUAGACGAAACCUGUCGUUGAAGAGAGCUGCCCAGGUCGAGGCGGCAGGAGUCGGUGGAACGCAAGUCUCUCGGGGGCUGGCCGCGGGAGGUGCGGACGGUGAGGGCGAGGACGACGGUGGAGAUGGCUGCAUGGAACAGGAGGCGGCAGUCGACAGCGUCGCUACGCAGACAGUUUUGCUCGAUAUUUUCACGACGCAGAGAACAAGAUAUUACAGGAGCAAAGGCAUGCGUAAAAAGUACGCUGUCCUGCAGUCUUUGUUCGACGCUUCACAUAUCCCCUACCAAGAGUUGGCGUUGCUGAAGAAAGAGGUGGUAACGCCGAGGAACGAAAACAAGUUCCUCCAAGCGGUGGACAAUGCAGUAAUCCGGCCUCACAAAGAGGAGAUGAAAAGCAUGACUCUGAAACAGUUGCUGGCUGUGUCGGAUACUUCCGCCUCACCACCGGCCGAUGCUGAGACUCUGCCGCCUAGUCGCGAUCCGUAUGAAAGCCAUCUACGAUCAGGAUGGACGUCCGCUGGCCUUUCGCGAAGAGACGCCCGAGGUGACUUUCUUCCCCAGUCGAACAGUCUGUGGGGUGCCCAGACCCGUGACCGUAUGCAGAAGCGCGUAGAAAAGGAAGCCCUCCGCUUGGCUGUCAUCCACGCCGGUGUCUUGCAGCUACCGCAGACACCCUUGAGGAGCGACGUGAGGGCAGAGCGCGACCGCCUUGCUUUUGUUUGGUUCCCAAAAGCUGAGGAGCUCGAAAAAGCAGUGGAGAAAGCCGUCGACACCGUUGGAGCCGAAGCGUUUCAAGCUUGUGCCGCCGCGCAGUCGCUCGCCUCACCUGUCGUGCGAACCUUCGCCGCUGGACUCAAACAACAGGAGCUGAAAAUUCUUUGGCGAAUUGUUACCUCGCAGCAGGAUGCAAUGAAGGCUGAGCAGCAGAAGUGGUCAGAAGUCCAGUCCGAGGAAGUGCUGCGCGGAAGCCUGGCUGCAGUGCCUAGUUACUUGACAUGGGAAGGCGUCGCCCCUUCACAGGAGCUGCUCGAGUGGAUUGGGCAGCGCGUUUUGGCGUCUGAAGUCGCUGGAACCUUCAGCCCGGCGACACCACCAGUAGACACGCUUCCUCCUCCGGUAAAGGCGUCGAGCCUCCAAUCUCCCGCAGAGCGGGAACAGGCGCCGUCGCCGCUACAGCCACCUGCCGUGACCGCCUCGGCGGGAGCGUCUGGCUCCUCGGGCAGAGCACACGGGCCAGAUGGCGUCUCGUCUGUUGACGUUUUGGUGAUGGCAUUCUCGGAUGUUGAAAGACUAGCUCUAGGGAAGCUGUUGCCGCAGACCGAGGCAUUUGUACAAGAUUUCGUCCUCGAGAGGGGACACUCAACACCGUCCGCCAUUCAAUUAAGGAGUGCCGUUCUCAGUAAGCUUGGAGACAAAGAAAUCGCCAAAUUGCAAGCUCAGGAGGUCGAGAGAAGGCUGGUUCGACACCCCCUAGCAAACGGGGGGGGAUGGUGA